AACAUCGGCAAUGUCGUCCUCACUGCAACGAAUCGGCUUUGCAUCGGGGGGUCAUCAAGUCGGCGCUGCCGCUUAAUCGGUCUAGUCUCUGUUAAGGCCAGCGCCAUCUCGAACCGGUCCGAAACACAGACCUCGUCGCACCGCCAGAUCUGGGGAAAAGUCUCGCAAGCGCGCAAGCAUCCCUGAUCUGUCCUGGAGCUGGGGCAGACCACGCGCGCGGUGCAUGGUACGAUGCAUCACCUCCAUGCGGAGGCCCGCAUAUCUUCUCCAGAUACUUAAGGGAGCGAGUAUCCCCACGUUUUGGUGACCCACAGCGCUGGAACUCGGGACCGCAGUUCUGGGUGCACAUCUACGUCUGAUCUCUUGUCCUCAGCCAUCCUCAAGGCCGCUGUUUCUUUGUUGUCCCCACGUCCCAUCACGAUGGCAGAAAAACCCUCCGCCGUUGAGGUUAACGAGAACUUCGUCGAGAAGCUUGCACCCACUGCUACGGAGACUGCUCAGCUGGGACACCUGGCCAACCAGGAAGACCAUGAGACCGGCAAACUUGCUUCGUUUCGCAAAUAUCCCUGGGCAUGUCUUUGGUGCUUCUAUGCUGUUUGGUGUGUCUUACUGGUCAGCUUUGAAAACCAAGCUGCAGGCAACGUCAUCAGUAUUCCAGAGUUCAGGAAAGAUUUUGGGAACCCAUACAUCGAUGCAGAUGGAAACACUGCCUAUGUGCUCGAUGCAAAGUGGCAGGCCGCCUUCCAGGGAGCUCCAGUGGCUUCCGCAGUUGUUGGCGCCUUGGGAUGCGGUCAACUUGCAGAUUGGCUCGGUCGCCGGCCAGUGAUCAUGCUAUGCCUAGUCGUAAGUUUCGCAGCAAUCACCAUGGAAUUCGUAGCCACCACCAACGAGCUCUUCUUCGGGGGCAAGUUUCUCAACGGCUUCGCCACCGGCGCUCUCGCCUCAGUCACCGUGACCUAUAUCGGCGAGAUUACACCCCUGGCACUCCGCGGCAUGUUAACAUGCUUGACCGCCCUCGCCUACACCUUCGGCCCCCUCACCGUCGCCCUCAUCGUCAACUCGACUGGUACCUACAAUAACCGCUGGGCCUACCGCGCCGUCUUCUGCGCGCAGUACGGCUUCGCCGCCGUAGCCGCCGCCCUCGUGUUCUUCAUGCCCGAGAGCCCCUGGUGGCUCGUCAGCAAGGACCGCCCGGAGCGCGCGCUCAAGGCGCUGCACAGCCUCGGGCACAGCGGACUUGAAGGCAAGAAGAAGCUCGCCCUCAUCACCAACACGCUCGAAGAAGUGAAGCGCGAAACAGAGGGCGUGACUUACCUCGAGUGCUUCCGCAAGUCCAACCUUCGCCGCACGAUGAUAUCUGUUGCGCCGCUGUCCAUUCAGGCGCUCUCAGGCAUUGCCUUCGCCGCCAGCUACUCCACGUACUACAUGCAGCUUGCGGGCUUUUCCACGGCGAUGUCGUUCAAGCUGCAGAUCGUGCAGCAGGUAAUCUCGCUGAUCGGAAACGUCAUGUCGUGGUAUCUCAUCGACCGCGUCGGGCGCCGCAACCUCACCUUCUACGGACUCGCCGUGCUCACCGUCAUCCUCUUCGUCAUGGCGGGCUGCGCCGUUCCGGGCACGCCCGCUGGCUCCAAGGCCGCCGUCAGCAUGAUCCUGCUCUACUGCUGGUGGUACAACGUGACCAUCGGAGCGACGGCGUACACCAUACUGUGCGAAGUAUCCACGUCGCGGCUGCGCAUUAAGACCAUUGGGCUCGGAUUGGCGCUGCAGAACGCGCUGAACACCAUGUGGUCGUUUGUCCUACCGUACUUGUUUAAUCCCGACAAGCUCAACUUGGGGGGCAAGCUGGGAUUUAUCUUUGGGGGGCUGGCGGUGUUGUGUUUGGUGUAUCUGUGGUUUUACCAGCCUGAGACGGCAGGACGGACGUAUGAGGAGCUCGACGAGAUGUUCAUUAAGAGAGUGCCAGCGAGGAAGUUUAAGAAUUAUCGCACUGAUGCGCAGGCGAUGGGUGAGGCUGUUAAGGAGAAGGAGGGGUUGUAAAGGGAGUGAAUUUCGAUGCGGAGCGUGUGCGAGUGAGCAUGAUAGCAUAUUGUAUUCAUGUGACGAGUACACGA